GUUGGCUUUACUUUUGUAGAUUGUUUUUCAUUUAAAAUGAGUUACAGUUUAGAUUAUCACGACUUUCCCAAAGAUAUUCCAGGGGCUACAAAAUACAUUGUGGACUAUUUGCUACACACAGUUUGUCCAAUGCUGCAACAUAUUGCAACUAAAUUUCGAACUGCAGCAGAUGAAGACUUAGCAAGUACUCGAGAUAUUUAUUUGCUUAGCUCAAGUCAGAUCACUAAAUGUGUUUCUAAUUCAUUAGAAAUAUUUAAAACAGAAUCCAAACAUGGGAUUUUUCUUACGGAGAGUCGGAUAUUUAUAAUAGACAGACUUAAUUGGUGUAUGUCCAAACUGAAUACAGUAGCAAUGCAUCUAAACAAGCAUUUACCAAAUCACAGCAAUACAGACAUGAAUGAAGAUUUGUUUAUGACUCCAAUGUAUUUUGUUAAUUGGAUUGAUUAUACUUUUGAUAUUCUAUCAAAAUUGUCUUCAACUAUUUAUAGAACUGACUAUAAGGAUGAUACAAAACUUCACAAAGAGUGGAAAAAUUUAAUGGUUGAUCACAUAACUAAUCUGCAUAUGUGCAUUGAUGAGCUGCUAUUGUCAGCAAUGACACUAUGCAAGUACUGUUUGGAUGAAGAUCAACCAGCAUUAAAAGCUCGUUGCCAUGUUGUGUUAAGAGAGACCAAGGCACUAUUUAGUGAAUUAGUCACUGUUGAUAUUACUAAAUCAGUGAAAAUUACACCUGAUAAAUUAAAAUUACCAGUAAUGCCAUCAAAUGUUAAUAUAUUGAUAGAUGUGCUGAAGGAUGUUUUGUAUGUUUUAGAAACAAACACAAAUACCGCUUUACUCAGUUUACUAAUUCACUGCUAUGCUCAUUGUAACUCUCCUGUUGAUCUAUUGAAAGAUCACUUUUCACUGAGAAAUGGCCACUUUUGUCCAUGUGCUACUGAUAUAGAAAGUGGAGAUAUAGAGACUUGCGAAUAUGUCAAAAGUUUUGAUUUACAUAAUGAAAGGCUUCUGCAGAUAGGGUUUUUCGCUGUGUCCUGUUCAUCAGAUCAAAAGAGAAUUGUUUUACUGAGAAGUGGCCUUUCAAGCCUGGAGUCAUUAGAUCCGCAUUUGGUGCCAGCUAUAUCUACAGCUUCAGAUUCUGUUCACACUACCCUUUUGAUAAGCUUUUGGAAACAGGAGGUCAUGGAUAUCAGGAAUAAUGUGUUUUUGAUUGUUGACCCAGUUGCAUUUGUAGAGCGAUGUAAACUCAAUAUGAAGGAGUUACUAUUGGAAUUUGAGAAGCAGGAUUUUAAUGCAAACCGUGACAUUUGGGCUAUUGUUAUAAAUGUAGGGUCACUUGUAUUUACAUUCUUUUCCAUAUAUAAGCAAUAUGAGCCCAAUGCUUUGGUGCAAAACAAUGAAUUGGAUAAAUUACUGCAAAAUUUGGAUCGAGUUCAAAGGGAGUGCAAGGUUGUAUUUGAUAUUUUAACUAAAGAGGUACCAUGUGACAAUGAAGAUAAAAGUUGCGAUCGCCAAGCAGUCGGCGUUGUAUUACAAAAACUUUCUAUUCGUGCAAGACUCCUCUAUUCAUUGGUGAAAAAAAUUCAUGAAUUGUUUGUUCCCAAGGAUGAUGACCAGUUUUUUGAAUUAUGUGAAGAGGCAGACAAUGUUAAUAAGAAUUUAACGCAUACAAUAUUGAAGCCUAAUACUGAGCAUUCGCAAAGGAAAUCACAAGCUAACGUAACGAGAAGCAUAUUCGCUAGAACUACUUCUGUGAAAGUGCCGAUGCCAAAUGAGUUUUUAUCAAAAUUGACAAAACACCUCAAAGUGAAGAGAAGAGUUCAAAACGAGUUGAAUUUUUCCGCCCAGGUUAGCGCACUGUUUGAAGAAGAGGCAAAAGAAUGUAAGCCUAUUUCUAAAGACGCUAUUUCUUUAAGGAGAGAAUUGUUUUGCCAAUCUCGUGUACAUCCGUUCAAUAAGAACUUGAAUAAAACCUUUGACAUUGGAAAAGUUGAAAAUACGUAUGAUAUCGGAAAAGCUGAAGUCAAGAAGUGCAAAGACAGUUUUCUGAACGAAACGACAAGUUUGCAAAUAUCAGCAAUCUUGAAUCAAUUAAAUGAUAUUACUGAUAAUAUUUCAACAACUGCAUCCCAAGAGAAGCAAAAUAUAACAGUAAAUAAAAACCAAUGUCGAGAGAACACCCAAAGUUUUAGCAAACGUGUUUUGGACAAUACUGCAUCUACAUCGAUCAUAUCUAAUGUAACACAGCCUUCUAAUGUGACCACUUUGGAAAGAAUAAGCGAUCUAGAUUUGGUAGAGAGCAAACUGUACAGUUUGAAAAUACAGACGCAGUAUGAAACAAGCUUGUAGGGAAAUAAAAGCAAAUGCACCAUGUGGUUGGACUAAUAAAGCAGUGUUUUAUAAAAAUGAACUUUAAGGCACAGCUAUUGAAUAUUUUUAUCUAAAUUAUACUUUUUAUAUACAUUUUAUAAACAUUGAACAAUGAUAUUUACAUAUUAAGAAGAAAAUGGCAUUUUUUAAAUCCGUCCAAUUUAAAUAUUUUGAUGGGAUUUUUAGCCUUGAUGGCAUGUAC